UCUCUUUUUAAAGUCGCGGUGGAAACAACAACGUAAGAUGACUGCGUUGGGUAAAAUAAAAGUGUCACGUGACCGAGCACUUUGCACAGCCGGAACCUUUAGGAGGCUGCUCUUGUUUCCACACGGCAAUAUUUUGGUCACUAACGUUUAGCGAACGUCAACACCUGUGAAAUGUGUGUUGGGUUAAACGUGCCAUUAGUCGUUGUUUUUUUGCAAAUCUGUCAGCAAUGACUUCUACCUGUUCAAACUGUGGAUCCACGAACGUCGUGGAGGACGACCUUUAUGCCCAGAAUCAGUUAGUGUGUGCGGACUGCGGCUUAGUGGUGUCCGAGGGCAUACUGACCGGCAACCCCAGCGAAGGAACAGAUGUCAGCUACGCCUUCACCUCAGCUGCGACCAAGAAGCCGUGCCUGAACUUGAAGAAAGGAGUGCUGCGCGUGCAAGCCAUAUGUCGCACUCUGAGGCUCAACCAAGAGAUCGAGGAACAUUCCAUCAAAUUUUUCAAACAGACCUAUCAACAUGAAAAAUUCAUCAACGUGCUCAACUCCAAGAAGGACAUUCUGGGCGGCUGCUGUAUCCUGCUGAGCUGCCGUUUGCUCAACUGGCCCGUCUCCAUGGGAACCAUCGCAUGCAUGCUGGACAGCGACGCCAUGACGGUGGCUGGCGUUUACCAAGACAUGGUCCAAGUUGCCAACGUCACGUCACCAUUUGUCAGCAUCACGACGCUAAUAGAGGCUCACUGUGUAGAGUACAAACUGGGUUCAGAUUGUGUUGCUGAGGAGUUUGCAGAGUCCACCAGAAGCCUGGCCAAACGUACCGAAGCUCUGCUGGAGCUGGCAGCAGACACGUGGAUAGUGACGGGCCGUAAACCGAUCUUCAUAAUGAUGGCAGCUGUCUAUCUGGCUUGGCAAUCUUUAAAUCCCACCCGGAAUCGUCUCAAGGUCACCCUGAGUAAGUUCUGCAAGAUGGCCAGAGUGAAUAAGCUCGCUAUGGCCCUGACCAGAGUAGCAGAGAUAAAAGAAGUCCUUGUGAAGCUUGGCAAGGAGAUUCCCUGGGCUCGACAGCCGGUGACUCCAGAUAACGUUGUUGAACUGGUGGAGGACAUCCUGAAGCACCGGACGUCACUUCUCUUCAAGGCUCUGCGGCGUCACGAAGAUACUUCAGACACUGAAGAUGGCCUGGAAAAACCGUCUGAAUUAGACCAGGGGAAUGAAAGCGCCCCUUCUGUGGCAGAAAGUGAACAGGAUGUUGAAAAGUCAGGGGAGAGCACAUCUAGCACUGAUUCAAGAUGUAAAUGGGGCAAGAGGCUACUGUUUGCUCCUCCAUGUGUGGCCCAUCCCAAGAAAAGGCGAGUGGAGCAGCAGCACCCACUAGUGGAUGUAACUGGCGAUGAAGACAUCUCUGACAGCGAGAUAGACUCCUACAUCCGCACCCCUCAAGAGAUCAGUGACUUCUCCCGAGCGCAGAAAAUUUUAAACCAACAAAACUGAUGUGUUGGACGUUGGUGCUGCUGAUUAUGUUUAUCUUAUAUAUUUUGUAAAUUUGUAAUUAAUUAAAUGGUGUGGGUGAUUUUGUUUGGCCACAGACAUGUAGCUUUUUUUUCACUAUUAAAAAUAAACUCAAAGUGAUAAUUACAAAUAUGCUGUUCGGACUGUUGACGUAUUUCAUGAUAUGAAUAUUUGACACCGAAAUACGUUUUCUAUGUUCUGUUUUCUUCCUAAAUUAUUCAGACUUCUGAAGAUGCUUUUUAUUACGAUAAAAUACGGUCAGAAAAUCAGUUAUCAAAUCUCACAUGACCGAGACUCUGAUUUGAGGAGCGCCGUCACUGUUUGCGUCAAGAUGUUGUCUUCCCUCCUCAAUUAAUUUUUGUCCUCAUUCCUGGCGUGCACAACCCAAAGUUCACAGUUCGAUUGAUUCCAGAGGACUAAAAUGGUGUUUUAGUACGCGGCAAAACCACGUCUCCACUUUAGCAACAGCAGCUCCAGAGCAGGAGGAUGGAUUCACACAUCCAGACAGACAUAAAUGCCCCUGGUUGGAACUGGAUUUUUUUUUCUGACAAUAUUUUUAUUGACUCAUGACAGCAAAAAUACAAAUCUCAAUGAUCAUCUUCUUUUCCCUCUUCCCCUCCAACAGUAUUAGAACAAAGAAAUUAUGUCUAUAACAUUGCAAUAAAAAAAUGGAUAUAUUAAGAAAAGGAAAAAAACCCAGAAACAGGGAUGAAGGCGGUCUUCAUGAGGGCACUAACUUCACUGCUUAGUGAAGAAGAGGCUGGAGACUUGAAGGGCUCGAUGGAGACUGAUGGUGGCCAGUACAGCAUGCAUGACUGUUCUGAUGUUAUAAGAUUUUACAAUGAUGCAAGCAAAUUGGUGAGCGAUUUUAACAUUGAUGUCGGGCUAGCCGACAAACCAUGGGCUUGAGUCUGACAUGAAAAACAUGAUGGGAAUCUGAAGUGCAGAGGAACUGCACAGGCUUGACAGAGGUCUUGGCAUUUUAGCUGACAUUUCGACAGCUUGAUAGAAGACUCUGAAUGCGCUAUUUCCCCCUCCGUCCAUUUUUGUGUUUUUUAGAAAUGGAAUGGUGCUGUUAUUCAAUGUAAUCUUUGUACUCUCUCAUUUCUGCCUCUGUGGUGGCGCACAUCCGUGGUUGGAUUGUUAUUCACGUAGUUUUACAUCCGCACCAGCACUGACUCACAACGAUUUAUGAUGACGCACCAGCUGCUUCAUGUGUGAUCUGUGGUGAAGGGGUUGACAUCCACUUGUCAUACAAUGAAUUGUCUUAAAUCCAUUUGAAGGUCUUUUGAAGUCCCUGACAGGAAAAGAAAAGAUUUUGAGAAUCCUUGAGUGUGUAGCCACCUUGAGCCCCUGAUGCUGCUCCCUCUGAUUUCGCCCAGUAAAACUGGGGGCAGCAUCAACUGGGCCUUAUGUAAUACAGACACAUGAAGAAAGACAAGAGCUGUGAAAGAGAAGAUCAAGAAGAUCAACCUUCAACUUCUCGUAAAUAUGCUGGUGGUGUUUGUAAAUGCUAGGAAACGCAGAUACUCUCUGACCUUUUAUUGUACGAGUCCACAUGUACAGAGAAGCCUGUGAAUUUUCUACAGUUGCUUAGCUACAAUCUGCCAAACUCAAACAGAAUAAUUAUUGAUGAUUCACGCACAAAAUGUGUCCUUUCUAUUAUUUAUCUGUGCAAGUCUGCAUUGCACAAUCAUUGCCUGAAACAUUUCUUUUCAAUAAAUCAUUGAU